AUGAGCGACGCCGAACACCAGAAGCAUGUCAUUGCGGGCUUCAAGGCCACCAUCUCCAACCCCACCACUUCCGCCGAGGCCAAGGAGCAUGCUCAAAGAGAGAUUGAACAGUACGAGAAACAGCACGGCGCUCACGAGCACCAUGUUAUCGCCGGUUACAAGGCCACCAUCACCAACCCCAAUACCUCCGCCGAAGCCAAGGCUCAUGCCCAAGAGCAGAUUGCUGCCUACGAGCGAGGCGGGGCUCUCGAGGGUCACCACUUUGGCGACACUGAGCACGUGAACAGGGUUGCAGGUGGAUACAAGGCCGCCUUGCACAACCCCACCGUGUCUGCUGAAGGUAAAGCUCACGCUCUGGCAGAGCUCGAGAAGCUAUAG